AAUUUGCGACACCGUCCUACAAACCACCAUAAAUUCAAAGGGCUGGCCAUCCCUUGAAAAAUAAUAAUAACAAAUCCUCAGAUUUGAUCGGCGGUGAAUCACUGAAUAUAAACAAACUUUCAAUUGCGACGCAAACAUUCUCAGCAACCACUGAUCCAACUCACACCCUCCACAAACGCCACAAUGUACUCCUCCUAUUUCAACUCCAUUACCUCCAAAGUCACCUCGAUCCGACAAAACAUAUUCCAAGGCGAAGCCGACGGCGACACAGAAGAUGACACCUAUCUCUGUCGCGUAAUGCGCACCUAUUAUCUACAAGAAAAGAAACAAAACCUGCCAGCCUGGCUUCCCCCCGAUCCACGCGGUCCGCAUCCUUCUCCUGUCGUCCAACCCGUUUACAGUCAACCUGUCGGUUCUACAUAUGGUCAAGCAUCUUCUCCGGCAGGAGGCUCACAGGGUUUAAAUAGUUUAUUCGGCGGCGCAACAGGAAGAACAAAUGCGCCAUCGCCACCUCCAGGGAGUCUGCGCGCCGCAAGAGGAACAGGGGUUCCAGCCAGAAGUCAAAGUCCUUUUGCAACUCAAGGAGCUAGUGCAACAGGAAGUUUAUCUGCGAGGGAUAGAUUGAAGAUGGGGAGAUCGAAGGGAAGCGCUAUUAAUACUAAUGUGAGUGCAGUGGGAGAUGCGAGUUAUGAUUCGGGAUAUGAGAAUAGUGGGGAGAAACCAUUCAUGGCGGCCACGAGUCCGUGGGCUUCGAAUGCGGCGGAUUUUAGUGGUGGUGGGUAUGAACCGCCGAGGAGAGGGAUGGGUUUACCUAGUGGAGGACCUGCGGCCGGAAGAAGACCGGGUUUACCUAGUGGACCUAGGUCGGGGAGAUAGUUUAAAGGGGAAGAAGGGGAUAUGUACUUAGGGGAGUCGGACUGUGAAUAUUUGACGCUGGUCGUAGGAUUUUGAUGCAUGGUACGGAGUCUUAGAUGGUAUGGGAUGGGUGUUAGGGAUUGGAAAUAUUUUAUUAGGUGGUGAUGGUACAUGCAUGGGCUUAACACUUUAAUAUAGCAUAGUAGGGAUGGAGCAAUGGUAUUCUUCUGAAUCUUGA